ACCUGGCUGUACAACUUCAACGUCACACAACACAAGUUGGCAACGGUAGGGAAUUUAUAGUUCCUUACAAUCCUAAGGCAACGGCACAAAGGAGAAAGUAGGCUAGGGUACGUCGAAAGUCCAAAGAACAAAGGAACAAGCCUAACACAGUGUGUCUUUCGUUCUUUCCUCUUUCACAGUUCACACUCAAGGUGACUCAAGUCAUAGUAAUCAACCACCUACUCAAGUUACAACAGCUCAACAUAAUUAUUGAAAAUAUUUUUUUUGGAAAAGUCUAGAUUCUGUGUAAUAAUGACGAGUAAUCAAGUACCGGUGUCAUCCAUUCCUGCACAAGUGGAGGAAGCAAUCCCAAAUGAAGCCAUCAUAGACUUUGAAAACGGAGACAAAGAGAAAGUAGGCCUACGACCAUCUAACAAAGAGACAACUCUACCCACUGCCUCGCAUCGCAUUGAAGUGCUGGAUAAAACCUAUAACAAAAAGCUGAGCUCAAAUGAUGAUUAUAUGUCAUUAACGGCUGGUAGUAGUAAGGAUUCAUAUGAAGAAACUGAACAAUUUAGUGAAGGCGAAAGUGAAAAUGAUGAAAAAGAAGAAGAAGAUGAUGAUGAUGAUGAUGAUGAUGAUGAAGAAAUGGAAGGAGAGGACGAAUUGAGAGAGGGUAACAUAGAGGAAAUAGGAGAAGAUGGAGACAAAGAAGAGAGUAUAUCAAAAAAAACUAUAGCUGAAAAACCACAUCAGUGUACAGUCUGUCAAAAAAGGUUCUGUCACUCUAAUGUUUUGACUGUUCAUAUGCGCUCUCACACCAAAGAGAAGCCUUUCCAGUGUACAGUUUGUACCAAAAGGUUCUCUCAGUCUAGUAGUUUGAAUGUUCAUAUGCGCUCUCACACCAAAGAGAAGCCUUUUCAGUGUACAGUCUGUACAAAACGUUUCAGUGUGUCUAGUAGUUUGAAUGUUCAUAUGCGUUUUCACACCAAAGAGAAGCCUUUCCAGUGUACAGUUUGUAUCAAAAGGUUCUCUUGGUCUAGUGGUUUGAUUACUCAUAUGCGCACUCACACCAAAGAGAAGCCUUUCCAGUGUACAGUCUGUUCAAAAAGGUUCACGACUUCCUGUCACUUAACUGUUCAUUUUCGCACUCACACCGAAGAGAAGCCUUACCAGUGUACAAUCUGUGCAGAAAGGUUCUCUCAAUCUAAUGGUUUGAAUAGGCAUAUGAGCACUCACUCAAAAGAGAAGCCAUUUCAGUGUACAAUUUGUACAAAAAGGUUUUCACGGUCUGAUUAUAUGACUGUUCAUUUACGUACACACACUAAAGAGAAGCCUUAUCAGUGUACAGUCUGUACAAAACGUUUUACUGACUCUAGUAGUUUGAAUGUUCAUUUCCGCACUCACAACAAAGAAAAGUCUUUCCAGUGUACAGUUUGUACAAAAAGGUUUGCUACCUCUGGUAAUAGGACUGAUCAUAUGCUUACUCACACCAAAGAUAAGCCAUUCCAGUGUACAGUCUGUACCAAAAGGUUCUCUUUAUCUAAUACUUUGACUGUUCAUAUGCGCACUCACACCAAAGAGAAGCCUUUCCAGUGUACAGUCUGUACAAAAAGGUUCUCUGAAUCUGGUGGUUUGACUAUUCAUAUGCGCACUCACACUAAAGAGAAGCCUUUUCAGUGUUCAGUCUGUGCAAAAAGUUUUACUGAGUCUAGUAAGUUGAUUAUUCAUAUGCGCACUCACACUAAAGAUAAGCCUUAUCACUGUACAGUCUGUACUAAAUCAUUCUCAGAUCCUAGUGGUUUGGGAAGGCAUAUGCGUACUCACAGCAAAGAGAAGCCUCAUCAGUGUACAGUUUGUUCAAAAAGGUUUUCGCGGUCUGAUUAUUUGACUUGUCAUAUGCGCACUCACACUAAAGAGAAGCCUUAUCAGUGUUCAGUCUGUGCGAAAUCGUUCUCUGAGUCUGGUUAUUUAGGAAAGCAUAUGCGUAUUCACACAAAAGAGAAGCCUUAUCAAUGUACAGUUUGUACAAAAAGGUUUUCACGGUCUGAUAGUUUGAAUGUUCAUAUGCGUACUCACACCUUAGGCUUUCUAGUUGAUUAGUGUAUUUAUUUAAGAAAGUAUAUCCAUACCCACAUGGUUUAGUUCUAACAAUUAGUCACUAGAUUUCUUAUUGGUAAGUUUUUUUAUUGAAAUUGUUCUUUGUUCUUUUGACUAGUGGUGGUGUGUUGUAGACUUUAAAAAGAUCAAAUAGUAGAGGAUUUAAUUGUAAAAAUACAAUUUGUAAACCAUUUUAAAAUGUUCUUAUACUUUAUUUCUACUCGGCUUUCUAAUGGUGCACUUAUUAAGAAUAAUUUGUGUAUUUCCUCCUACAAAAAUAAAACAUGCUUGCAUUCAUGAUUUGUGUUUUCAGAUGCAAUUGUUUAUGUUCCAAUCUCUAUUAAGUGUGUUCUUUUAAACAGUGGUGGGGAAAAGGACGCAAAGUGUGUCAUUGAAAUAUUUCGGGGGGUGGGAAGGUACCUUUAAAAUGUUUGUCAUUGGAAGAUGACGACAACAAUCCUUCCCCUAGGAGAUACGUUUUACUAAUCCCGUUUACAAUUAUCUGAAGGAAUUAAUAACUUUUCUGUUGGCAAAUAAAAUACUGUAAUUCAAAUAUUAUCUCAAGCUGGCUUAACAUUUGGAUAUUUCUUGUCUUGUUGUAUCUGAAUGCUCAAGAGUAUUAUGUGUGUUAAUCUAUUAUAAUUAAGUAUUUCUAUUAAUUAUUUUAUAUAUAUAUUUAUUUAUUUCUAUUUUAAUUUUUAAUUGAAAGGAAGUCAUGAACAAAUAUUGUAUUCUCUGUGCAACAUGAAGAACUUAGUCGGACUAAGCUCCAGAUCAGUUGAUUCUUAGAAAAUUCUCUGCUGCAUUCAAGUCUUUCAGCAGCAUUAAAAAAGUAAUUCUCUUUUUUAUUCACUAGUAGUGACCACUUCAAGUUUCUAAGUUCUAAAAUGUUUUUAUGUAUAACUAUUUUUGGAUCAAAUUUUGGCCUCCAAGCCUGUUGCUAAUUUUCCAAUUAUUCAUAAUUAGUUGAGAAUGACAUUGUAUCUAUGAAUGUUUAAAUUAAUAUUGAGAGAAAUAAUUCAAGUCUGUCACCAACCGAAUUUUAAUUAAUGCAUUUAAUAUUUUGUGAUUAUUCAAAAUGGACAAUUUUUAUUCUUAUCAAGAUGUAUGAUUUGUGUGAAUUGUGAAGUUUAUCAAAUAAUAUUAAAUAUGUAUAUUUGUUCUUGUACUGUAUUUGUUAUUAUAGUUUCUACUAUUGAUCUAAAAAAAUGUAAAUUUAUUUUGCAUUUUUUUAUAUAGCUUAGGACUAGAUAUUUAAGAGCUGUUGCACACUAAAUUUUAGAAACAUCUAUAACUAGUUUCCAUUUAUAGGGUAGUUCUAUUCGUGAAAAUAUAGUGAUACAUAGUCAUAUCAAUGCGAAGAAAUUAUGUUACAAAUAAAACUCUUGAUUUUCCAAUAA